AUGGCACCGAUGAGUCUCCCACCCGGGUUUAGGUUCCACCCAACGGAUGAAGAACUCGUUGCUUACUACUUGGAAAGAAAAAUCACAGGCCGUUCUAUAGAGCUUGAAAUUAUCCCUGAAGUUGAUCUUUACAAAUGCGAACCAUGGGAUUUGCCAGAUAAGUCGUUCUUGCCAAGUAAGGAUAUGGAAUGGUACUUCUACAGUCCGAGGGAUAGAAAGUAUCCAAAUGGGUCAAGAACAAACCGAGCAACAAGAGCUGGAUACUGGAAAGCCACAGGCAAAGAUAGGGCAGUUCAUUCUCAGAAACGCCAAGUAGGGAUGAAGAAGACAUUGGUUUAUUACAGAGGAAGAGCACCACAUGGUAUCAGAACCAGCUGGGUCAUGCACGAAUAUCGUCUCACUGAUUCACUUCCUCCUUCUACUUCUUCCUUCUCCUUGAAGGAUUCUUAUUCAUUGUGUCGUGUCUUCAAGAAGACGAUCGAAAUCCCAAAACCAAAAGAAGAUCGGGAGGAAGAGGAAACAGAAAUUACUGCUAAUAAGAACAAGGGAUCAAAGUCUGACAUGUGGGUCGCAGAUGAACAAGGAUUAAGGGAGGAUUCAAGUGGCUUCGAGGUUUCUAGAGAAAUGGAAAUUCCAGAUGAGAAAACUAUGGUCAAUAAAAAUAAUAAUCACGAUGGUGGCAAUUCCAACAGUAAAUUUCCUUGUGAUAAUGCUUCGUCUUCGGAUCUCACUCAAGGGACCCCCACUGAUCAAACUGGGUUAGCAGAUAAUGAUUUUCAAGCCCAAAUUGCUUCUGAUGAAGCAAAUAGUGCAGCAAAUCGGUAUUCCCUUGGAAUUGAUUAUUCAUCAAAUCUAUUUCAGGAAAUGGAGCUACAAAUGUAUGCUGGCAUGCACUAUCAACUUUCAUAUCCGCCACUGGAGCUUGAAGAUUUCCCUCAGACAAGUUUCGUAGAGACCACGACGGAGACGAAGCCAUUAAUGAAGCCAGAACAAAUGAUGAUGAAUGACUGCAAUAUGGUAUAUGAUCACAAGUACAAGAGCUGUGGUACAAUGAGUGGGACUCUAGAAGAGAUCAUCUCCUUGUGUUCUUCUCAUCAAGACAAUAAGUCUUUGCCUCUUUCUAUGUUAGAUUGAUAUUAUAAUACGUACGUACUAACCCUAGCUAUAUAUGAUGCAUACUCAAAAGUAAAGCACCAAAAAAAAAAAAAAAAUCAUUUACACAAAGGUAUACUUGUGUUGGCUCAAAUCACAACACAAAGUGAUCUUGGAUUUGUUAUUAGUUUUGUCAAGUCCAAGAAGGGCGCCAUAUAUAUAUUUAUAAUGUACUAAAUAGGAGUAUGUUGAGUCA